AUGUCUUCUGCCGCAGAGCCUUGGGAAUACCCUGAACACAAGCAAUUUGAACGUGUCCCUACAUUGGACCAGGUUGACCCCAACGAUCGUAAAGCUAUCUACGCUGCUCGUAACCAAAAGAUCCGUGAUGACUGGGUCAAGGCUAUGGAAGCUCGUAUUAUCAAGGAGAAAUUAGACGAAUGUUAUAGAACUGAAGGUGUCAACCAUUACAAGAGCUGCCGUGAUUUGGCUGAUAUGUAUCUUGCAACUAUCAAGACACACAGAGUAGAAGGAUUCCGCAAGAACGCAUAA